AUGCCCGCAUCUUGGAGUUCGUCCGUAGUUCCUUUAAAGGAACAGACAGGAGUCGGAGCGAAGCCACCUCCAGGAGGAGGCGCCGUCCUCCCACCGCCUGGAACAGCACCUUCCCAAGCAGGUAGUAUGGCUCCUCGCUUCAACCGCACCCCUCAAAGACAAGACUCAGGCAUGGACUUUCUUGGCGUGUUGCCGACUGCGAAAGGCGGUGGUCUAGGAUUCUGGCGUGUACCGCUGCCGAGUCGUCGAGCGAGCACAAUACCUUGUGGAUCGGGGGGAAAGAUUAAGUAG